AUGGCGCCGAGCGGGGACCCUCUCGACUGGACAGUCGACGAGGUGGUACAGUUCUUGUGCCAUAAUCCUGACGCGCCAUGGUCUCUCUCUUCGUCGAAGGUCGCGCGACCGGAUCCUGUUACUUUCGAGGCAGCUCUACGGGAGAACGUGAUCACUGGCGAGGUGCUACUCCACGAUGUCGACAUUCACACUCUUAAAGAUGAUCUGGGUCUGAAGGCCCUGGGUCCUCGCAGUAGUAUGCAAAACGACGAAGAAGACGGCGUCAGCCUCAUCAUCCAGCCUGAUAUCAGAGCAUCAUCAUCAACAAUAACACUGGAAUCUCACAAGCGUCCACGCCCCGGUGAGCACACAAUCUUCGAUAAAGAGGGAAAGAAACGACGCAGGCUUGAUCUUUGUAAAGCCGAUGGGACCAUUGAGGGCGCGACUAAUGAACCUGCCGAGCAUCCUUCAAGCGAGGAAUGGUACAUGGGGCCCGACCCAAUCACGCCUUCCCAACUGUUCUAUCCUGCUAAGUCCGCAACAUCAGACGACGAGUUUUCUAUCAUUGGCUCACAAUGUCCACCAGCCAAACGGAAAUUCGUCAACAAAUGCAUGUCUCACUUUUAUCGCCAAAGGCCCGUGCGGCUGGGCCCCAACGAGCAAGCUGUGAUCCCCUACCAUCCUGCCAAGGGAGAGAAAAUUGGCCAAAUAUUCUUCACGCUGUACACCUACAAACAUGGUCAUGUCACAGUCAGUAAGCAAGACCUUCGUGGCUGGCCACAGCUCAAAGACAUUGGGAUCUCAGAUGUCGCUGGCGCACCGAAAAGCUCUGAUCCAUUUGCAUGGCUGAUUGACAAAUACCCUGUUCAAGAGGAUGGCCAGGAUGCCUUCCCAUUGUAUGGAGACUCGGGUUCUGAGGGUGAUUAUGACGAGGAGACCUGGCGGGAAAUUGAUGAGGAGUUCCAGGCUUCUGUGAACCAAAAGCGAGCCAAACUUACGCCUGAUGCAGUCAAUUCGAUCAUUGAAAGAUGCAUACUGAAUUACGAGACCGAGUGGCAGCAAAUUCAUAAGCCUAGAGAAGAACACAAGGCGAGGGCAAUUUGGAGGGCUGCUACGAGGAGCAACAGCCGUAAUCAGCAGAUUAAAGUCCUUACUGGCUCCAUCAAAAAGCUUGAAGCUCGUUUGACUAAGCUGAGAGACGCAAUAAAGCAAGUUGAUUAUUCCUCAGAAUCCGAAUUACAGACCCAAUGUCAAACUCUACAACAGACGGUCUUCCAGAUGCAGAAAUACCGUCAUCAGAUUUUCGUCAUUGGACUCGAGAGCUGUCCACCGAAAAUUGCUGCUCCACCGAGAAGCGUGAAGUUCACAAAGCGGCGUAAUAACAGAGGCGGCGAUUCUGAAUCGCUCGAUUCGGAUUCAGAUGAUGAUUUUAUCGACGACUCUGGAGUUCUUCCACCUCCUCUCCAGCCAACUAUUCAUGGAAGUGAUCCGGCGCAAAAAUCCGCUUCUUCGUCUCCGUCCUCUUCCUCUUCCCCCUCCGAUUCGUCCUCAUCUUCUUCGGAUGAUGAAGGGGAUAUAAUCAGCGUCUCCGGAACUAGACGGAGGUUUAAACAUCGAAGACACCCAUUUGCUGUCUCAAGUUCACCAGAUCCUGCACCUGUUGUCAAUCCAAAUGAGACACUAAAAGUCAUUGACCUUACGGGAGACUCGCCGCACCCAGAUGAGUUUGACAUCGCGACACCACCUCUAAACCCGGUGCAGGUCGAGGUGCCGCGGGUGGACCCUAGUCUGUACGAAAGCAUGUCUCCUGUUUCAGACCUCAAUCGUAGCAAGGUCUUCAAAAGAGAGGGGUCUCAGCGGAGCAGAUCUGUUUCACUACCUGACAUCGAUGACUACGAAGCACUUAGGAAAUUAGACUACUCUUAUUUAGAAGAGCGUCGAGAUCCGCGUCGCUUGCUGGCCAAGCUAAUCGGCAACCUUACGCCUAAGGACAGACUGAACAUGGCCGAGCGUAUCCCAAGCAGAUAUGAGGAAGCAGAUCUCCGCGACCUCACUGUGCGAGCCUUAGAGUUAAUGCUUGAGAGUCGAGACAGAAUGGAAGACAUGGAAUAUACCGAGAACUUGUUUAUCAUGCGCGCCGCGUCUUUUUACAUUUCCUGGGUUACCUGUUCCCAUCUUACGGCCAGGGGUAUUCGCUCAAGCAUGGUCCGUAAAACUCUAAGGCAAAUGGAAGGCUACAGGGAGUUUUACAAGGAGCUGUCUUACCGUUUGGCAGCGUAUUGCGACUGGGAACGAAACAAUGGGUCCGAGCAAACUGGCAUCUCUGAUACGCCCCAUAGGACCAGAAAGCGAGCAGUCAAAGAGAGUGAAGCCGCUAAAAGCGCACGCGCAAACGCGCAACGCCGUGUUGCGGUGCAAGAAAACUCGGCAAAGAAAUACAUGGAAAGCAUGGGCGCAGCCAAUACCGAUCAUACAAAUCAGGUUGUGAGCUUUGGAAAUCCACCGAUUCACUUGCACCAGGCCAUCGCACGCCUAGCGAAACCACAUCAGUUGCAAGGUAUCCAAUUCAUGUGGCGAGAACUGAUCGCCGACGAAACUCAUCAAGGUUGUUUGCUGGCCCACACAAUGGGUCUGGGCAAGACAAUGCAGGUCAUAUCGCUUCUGGUGACAAUAUCCACCGCGGCUCAUUCCCCCAACCCUGAUAUCGUGCAACAGGUGCCCGAGCAGUUUCGUCGUUCUCAGACGUUGGUGCUUUGUCCUUCAUCGUUGACUGAAAACUGGCACGAAGAGCUCCAUAAGUGGACUCCUCCAGGUGUCAAGCUCGGACCAUUCUUCAAAUUCACAAGCAAUGAUUCGCUUCCUGAGAGACUUGAAACAGUUCGUAUGUGGUAUGAAAAGGGUGGGAUUCUUCUUUUGAGUUACGACAUGUUCCGUAACUGGAUCAUGAACAAGGAAACCAUGAAGAGGUCCAAGCCUUUGACGGAUACAGACCAUGAGGAUGUCAAAGGGUGGCUUCUUGAUGGCCCCAACAUCGUCAUUGCUGAUGAAGCUCACAGGAUGAAGAACUCGACUUCUGGAGUCGCCUUAGCAGCAAUGCAAAUCAAGACAAAAAGCCGCGUUGCUUUGACCGGCUCACCACUCGCGAACAAUCUUACGGAUUAUUAUGCUAUGGUGAAUUGGGUCGCAGAGGGCUAUCUGGGAGAUGCGCGCGAAUUCCAGGCAAACUAUGUAGAGCCUAUCGAGGAAGGCCUUUAUGUUGACAGCACGUACACGGAGCGUCGCAGGUCCCUUGUGAGGCUCAAGGUACUCAAGGAGAACCUCGAGCCCAAAAUCAACCGUGCAGAUAUCUCUGUUCUUGCCGGAAGCUUGCCUCCCAAGGUUGAGUUUGUCAUCACUGUUCCUUUGACAGACGUACAGCAGGCCGCCUAUAAUUCAUACGUGGCGUCGAUCUUGCAGGGCAGAUGUGACAUCAACCGGAUGGAGAUUUUAGCGUGGCUCGCGGUUCUUGGACUCUGCUGCAAUCAUCCAGCAUGCUUUAGGGAUAAGUUGCUGAGCAGAUUCAACGAUGCCCAGAGGCUCGACAUCAGGAUGGAAGAAGUCGAGAAAGCUCCGGGUGACGAGCCUAUCUCGCAGCUGGGCCUUGAUUUGGCACGGUUGCAGCAUGAACAAGAACAGAUCUACUCUGCCGUUCCCGAUAUCAAGGCGGUCGAGCUAUCUCAUCGUGCCCGGAUCGUACACGAUAUUAUAGCCGAAUCUGUCCGAGUGGGAGACAAGGUUUUGGUAUUCUCACAUAGCCUUCUCACACUCGACUACGUCGAGGGCCUCCUUAGGUCGUCGGGAUGGAAAUACAGUCGUUUAGACGGGCAAACACCAGUUUCUCAGCGACAAGGAGCGACUAAGCGGUUCAAUGGAGGCUCUCCCGAGCUCAUCUAUCUUAUUUCGACCCGCGCGGGAGGGCUUGGUCUCAACAUCCCUGGCGCAAACCGUGUGAUUAUCUUCGAUUUCACCUUCAACCCGGUUUGGGAGGAGCAAGCUGUGGGACGUGCGUAUCGUUUAGGCCAGCAAAAACCCGUUUUUGUGUACCGAUUCCUCUCGGGCGGUACAUUCGAGGAGGUCAUGUACAACAAGACUGUCUAUAAAACGCAGCUUGCCUUCCGUGUUGUCGACAAGAAGAAUCCGGUCCGUUGGGCGUCAAAGAAGCUUGGCGAAUACCUCUUUCCGGUCAAGGAUAUACCGCACACAGAUGUUUCCGAGUACUUUGGAAAGGACCCUGAGGUACUAGACAAGAUCCUGGAAAAAGACGCUCGCUCUGACGAAAAGAUCAUUCGGAAGAUCGGUCUGACCGAAACCUUCCAGAAGGAAGAUAACGACAAGCUAACCGAGGAAGAGAAGCGAGAGGUACUGGAAGAACUCAGCGAUGAACGCCUCAGACGUCUCGAUCCGGCCGCUUGGCAAAGAAGAAUGGAUGAAAAGCAGAGAAUUGCGCUUGGCGUAACGUACUCACUUUAUCAACAACACAUGGCACACCCUUCUUCGAUGCAUAUAACACAAACUUCUGCGAAUCUCAUGGCACGGGCUCCCUACCCCCAUCAAUAUUCGCAGCAACCGCCUCCGAUGCCUCAGCCCCUGCCAACUCAGCCGACGGUUUCACCGAGCGCUCACAAUGUCGACCCUCCUGCUUUCCCUCCUGAUUUCAUUCAUUUUCAAUCACCAGGUGUGGUGUACAACCCUCUGCAACCACCACCGCCUCAUACCAACCCCAUAAUGUCUCACCCUUACUCGCAGCCAGCAACGCCAUAUUCGGCUACUAUGGAUGACGGUUUCACAAUAGGGGGUGACGCUGAAUACUACCCACGACCCACAGAUCCUUUUACCGCUGUGCCGGUGCAAACAACCGCAUCGCAGAGUGACGGCUCCUAUUCCCCACCCCCUCUCAACACCGCAAUCUCUGUUCCGGUGCAAGCAGCCACGAUGAAUUCUGACGACGAAUACUUCCCUCCGUCUCCGAAUCCUCCCAGUGUCAUUCCAGUGUCAGGUGGCCAGGAGCAGCAUACCAUUGCGAGCACCCCAUUGAGCGAUAACAACCAUGCUGUUGAACAACAUGUGGCUACUGCAGCUGUUCAAGAUAUGCCCACUCUACAGCAGAGAAAGCCACCCACUACCCAUGGGGAAAAGACCAGCUGCAAGCCUCAGUAA